AUGCAGUCCCUCCGCACUCGCAGACCCUCAGAUUCUCGCCAGGUAAAACGCUCAGCAUCAAAGCUUGCAAAGCCCAUACCAAACAAAAAUGCCCGCAAGUCCACCGUCGACGACAAGAUCAAAAAGCGCAUGUCACUCAGAUAUGCUGAAAUAUCCGCACCUACAGAUGCAUUUGUCCCCGCUGUCCCCACCAUCCCCAUUGGGUUGCGACCAGGAAACCAAAAUGACCAGGACGAGAUUGUGCUCGACGUGAAACAGAUCCAUGAGGACCCGAGAAUCAACGAUAAUAAACUCCUCGAUCAAGAUAACUUUGACCCAGAUGCCUUUCUCAAAGUAAAACUCGCAAAUUCUACCGAGGCCGAAUUGAAGUCGCUGCAGUCUUCGCUUAGGGCAUCAAAAGAUGAUACCGCUGUUGAUCUACAGCGUAACGUGUUCAAGAACUAUGCAGAAUUUGUACUUAUUUCGAAGGAAAUCAGCGUACUUGAAAACGAAAUGCUAGAACUGAAGGAAAGCCUUGCAGAAUGGAAAGGCAUGCCAUCACUUCUGCACAUCGACGAGUCAGCCUCGGUAGCAGAACGUAGACGAAACGUUCGAUCCUCAAUCGCGGAUCUACGCGUGCUAUAUGCUAACCAAAUGCAAACCCUUCACACCCAAAUCGAAGGGUCUGCAAAGUUUGCGCCCACUACCCCUGGUCGUCACGUUAUAAUAGAGAUGGAUGGCAUAUUCUCACUCAAUGCUGCAACUUACAAGGUCAACAAUACCGUCAGGUUUGUCAUUCUUGAUGAUGCAGUGUUGGUGGCAAAACGUCGCCGUCGGAACAACGCAGAGAGUGGCAAGUUGGUUGCCGAACGGUGCUGGCCGCUCAACGAGAUGCUCGUAUUGGAUACCAAGGACACAGCUAGUGAGUUUAGAGAACAACGCUGUACCAAUUCGGGUAACAAGGACUUAUUCAAAUUUGAAGUGAUGACAAACGUGUUCAAGAUCAGACAUGGCAAGGAGACGCACGUUUACAGAACUGAGACACCAUCGGACAAGAAAAGCCUGUUGGGCCAAUUCCGUCAAGUAGCCGAAGAACUAGCAAUCAAGAAACGCAAAGAACGUGAAGGAGAGCAUGAGCGGCGUAAGACUUUGUGGGUUGGUGGUGGCAGCGAUCGUGCAUCAGCCGUGUUUAACAUGGAUCAAAUUCCUUCUGGGCCAGAAUGGAUGGCAGAAUUGGCAGAACGUGCUGGCGUGGAAGGGAGUACUGCGAAAGACAAGGCUGAACGCGAUGCUCGCUGGAUGGGAGAGUUUGCCGAUGAUUUAACCGUAGCAAUUGCCCUCCGACAAUGGGAUCAAGCUGUCAAACUCGUUGAACAAGGAAAAGCAAAAUUGGCCGUGACGCCAUCUUUAGCUGCAAAGCUGACUCCACUUACGGCUUCGCUAACCAGUUCACUACUCCAGGCGCUGUCAUCCCCAAAUAAUCGUAAAUCUGUCAUUGUCAACAUCGUAUCCCAUUUGCUCCGUCUAAACGCAGGUGCUGCGGCCCGCAGCACAUUUUUGUCUGCACGCACGGAGGCUAUGCGGAAGUACAUUCGCGCGAUCAGGUUCGAAGGGCACGUUGGAAUGUACAUCAAUGAUCUCUCAGUAGUUGUUUUCACUGGCAUUAAACAUACUGCCGAUUGGUUCCUGGCUAGUUUCCAGGAGAGUGAGAUGGCAAGUGGCUUUAUUGAUUGGGCAAAGAAGCAGAUAGAGGCGUAUGCGGAGAUGUUCCGUAAACAGGUUUACAGUUCUGAUGUCGAGACACAAACCGUAGACGAGGCUUUGCGAAUUACUUAUAGUCAGAGCAAAAAGGUAAUUUUCCGAUUAAUCACCACCGAGUAA